GGGAGAAUCUGAAAGAGGGCGAGGAAGAAAGUCUCAUAUUUUUAGUGUUUUUUGUGUGUUCUGCCGUCGAUUUACCAUGUGUUGACCUUCCUAAAGAAACUACAAGGAUUUCUUCAGGGUUAGGCUAGUGUUGAACCCAGUCACCACCACCACCGCCGCCGCCAUGGAUGUCACCCAUAUGACCCUCGUGGCGCAGUUUGAUGACCUCAUCCGGUGCAUGCAGGCGUACGCAGACCCGCCCACCGAGGAGAAAUUCCUUGAGUUUCUUGAGGGCAACGAGACACAAUUCAGCGAGGGCCGUGCGCUGGCAGGAGAGGUCCAGCGGCUACAGGACCAGCUCAACCAGGCCCACAAGAAGAUUAAGAACCUGGAAAUGAAGCUCAAGAAUGCCCGCCACAUCCUUGACCAGGAGAAGGGGCGGAGGAAGGCAGCCGAGAUGGAGAAGAAUGAUUUGGCUGUUCAGAUCUACCAGGCCAUCGACAUGCUGGGUCAGGGUCAGGUCAACAAAACGAGGGAGUGCCUGCAGCAACUCCAGCACUCCUUCACCUUCAACGAGAACCACAUGCACCAGGGUGGGGGGGGGACUCUCCUAGCCAGCCGCCAGCACUCUCCGCCAAGCCCGCUGUCAACCAUCACUGAGGACCAUGAUUCUGUGGACACCAUCCUGAACGUGUCGCAAAUCAACAUCACGGAGGAGGACGACCUCGAUGAUGACUCGCGCCUUCGCUCCGGCCGGGCCUUCAAGCGAAAGUCGUCCUCGCCGCCGCCCCUCGAGAAGUCCGACGGGAAGAGGCGCUCGGGGCGGAAGAGUGGAGGAGAGGUCAAAACGGAGGUGACCUACUACACCGAGGGGGAGGAGCUGAAGAGGGUCAAGGUGGACAUCCAGCCCUCGCAACCCUUCCUCACUGUCACGUCUGCGGAGGGAGUGGACCUUUCGGGAGAGAAGUCCGGUCUGGAGGAGAGUUCGGAUGGAGUGAACUUGGAGGACUCCGAGAACAUGAGGAGCCCAAUGAAGAAGCCUCCUCGUACCCCUGCACCCCCACCCCCCACGCCGGCUGCCAGGACCAACCCCCCGUCCAUCUUCUCCCCAAUCAGUAUGGGCACCCCGAUGACCCCACAGCCCUACAGCACCCCAACACAUGCUCCGCACACGCCCAUCCUGCGGAACUACUCCUCGGCCAGCAAGGUGAACGGACGCACCCAUGCCUUCGUGCACAAGACCGCCUACACCACCGAGCGCUGUCAGCCAUGCGGGAAGAAGAUCAAGUUCGCCAAGUCCUGCCUGAAGUGCCGUGAUUGUCGUGCCGUGUGUCACAGUGAGUGCCGGGAACAAGUGCCGCUGCCCUGUGUGCCCACCGCAAACACCCCCACGGCCAAGGGACAGAUGGGCACCAUCGCGGACUACGCCCCAUCCACCCCACCCAUGGUGCCGGCGCUGGUGGUUCACUGCACUAAUGAGGUGGAGAACAGGGGCCUGACGGAGGUGGGGAUGUACCGCCUGUGUGGCUCGGAGAAGGAUAUCAAGGAACUGAAGGAACAAUUCUUACGUGGGCGCGGGCUGCCGAAUCUCUCCCAGCUGGACAUCCACGUGGUGUCCGGCACGCUGAAGUACUUCCUGCGGUCGCUGAAGGAGCCGCUGAUCACAACACUGCUCUGGAAGGACUUCAUCUCGGCGGCGGAGAAGACGGAGGCGCAGGACGCGGCCGCCUCGCUCUACCAGGCCAUCUCGGAGCUGCCGCAGCCAAACAGGGACACGCUGGCCUGGCUCAUAUGUCACUUGCAGAGAGUCGCCGAGUGCCCCGAGUGCAAAAUGCCUACAAUGAACCUGGCCAAGGUGUUCGGGCCGACUGUGGUGGGCUACUCCAUGGCUGACCCUGGGCCUUCUACCAUGGUGCACGAGACACCCCAGCAACACCAGGUGAUGGAGAAGUUACUGGAGAUCUCGUCGGAUUACUGGCAGUCGUUCAUUCAGCCAUCGGAUGAGAACACACAGCCGCCCACCACCCCAGAUAUCGGAGGCAACAUGCUGGGGGGCAUCCCGCGCUCCAGCUCACGCCGACGCUCGCAGCUCUUCCGCACGCCUCUACAGUCAAGGGACACCAACACACUGCACUACCUGAGGAAAUAGAGGAAGGGUUAACGAGCACCUGAGAGAAGCCACUAACGAGGACAGGUGUAGCUUACUCAGCGCGCCAGGAAGGAGAGUGAAGCUACGUCCCUGAUAUUGAUUUAUUUUUUAUUUUUGUUUUUUAUUCUUAUUUUUUAGGGGGCUGCUUUAUGUGUUCAGUUGUGUUUCUUGAAGGUUGUUUUUGGAUUUUUUGGCUCGGUUUUAUUUGUGUUUAUUGCAAGUAUUUUUUUGUUUGUUUUUGGUGGUAUUUUUUUUUUUCUCAUUUCCUUUUUCUUUCUCUAUUUUUUAUACUUUUUAAUUUUCUACUUUUUUUUUUAUAACAUGUCGUCUUUAUUUCUUAUUGCGAUCCUUAUUACUUUUUGUCAUAACUAUUCUUUCUCAUUAUUAUUAUUAUCAUUAUUAUCAUUACUAUUAUUAUUAUUAUUAUUAUUAGUGUAGCUUUACAUUCAACAUUCAUAUACGCAUCUAAUCUUAUAUAUAUUCUUGCAUUCCUGUAUAUAUCUAAGUACCUAAGAAAAGGGAAAUCCACCCUAUUAUUAUUAUCAUUAUUAUUAUUAUUACGAUGAUAUAUGUGUAACCAUUGAUGUGUCCCCUUCACUAUUCAUUGCAUAUACUCUUUUUUUUUUUUUUUUUAUUGAUUUAGUUACUCUGUAUAUUCUCAGUGCCUAUAUUGGUUUAGUUUUUAGGUAAGCUACUUUUCCUAAUUUUGAUACCUCAUUUUGUCUUGUUUUGUCUUUUUUUACUUUUUCUUACUAAUUUUGAUACUAAUUUACUAUGCUAAUUUUGGUCUUUAUUUUAUUUUAUUUGUUUUACUUUACUAUUCCUAAUUUUGAUACUUCGUUAUGUCUUGUUUUGCCUUUUUUUACUUUUUCUUACUAAUUUUGACACUAAUUUACUAUGCUAAUUUUGGUCGUUAUUUUAUUUUUAUUUUAUUUUUUUAGUUUACUUUUCCUAAUUUUGAUACCUCGUUAUGUCUUGUUUUGUCUUUUUUACAUUUUUCUACUUAUUUUGAUACUAAUAUACUACUACUACUACUGUUGUAAUUUUCGUCUUUAUUCGUUUGUUUUUAUUUUCUUACUUUUCUACUUUUUCUGUCUUGUUUUGUCUUUUUAUACUUUUUUUUUCCACUUUACUAAUUUUGAUACUAACUCACUACUACUAUGCUAAUUUUGAUCUAUUCUUUUUUUUUUACUUAUUUUUCUACUUUUUCUAAUUUUGAUACCUCACCAUGUCUUGUUUCGCCUCACUUUUAUACUUUUUUACUAUACUAAUUUUGAUACUAAUUUACUACAAUGCUGAUGUUGAUCUUUAUUCAUUUUUUUUUACUUUCAUACUUUACUUUUCUUAAUUUUGAUACCUAGCCAUAUGUCUGGAGAGUUUCUUUUACUCCUACUUCUCUUAACCCGGUAGCAGCGACGGGCCAAAUUUGUGGCUUUACCGUGUACCAGCGGCAGGCCAGAUUUUUGCCAUAAUAUAGACCCCCUAAAAUACAUGGUGCAUAAACUGAUCACAAAUGCGUUGAUAUAUAUUAUGAAGUGGUUUGCGUGUGUGAUGAUUUUUCCUCAUUUUUCUCACUUAGAGGGAAGGGCCUUUAAGAAACGUGAUCCCCGCAGCUACCGGGUUAAUUUCGAUAAUACUUUAGUGCUACGAAUCUUGAUCUUGUUUUCUGCUUUUUUAUAUAUAUAUACUUUUCGACUAAUAAUAUUGAUGUCUUGUGAUUCUGUCUGCUUUUUACAACUUUUAUACUUUUCUACUAAUUUUGAUACUAAUUUACUGUUAUUGCGCUAAGCUCGAUUUUUUUUUUUUUUUUUU